AUGACAGAAAAAAGUUAUAUCAUAAUGAAAGAGCAAAAUUGCAAAAUCAUCAGAAAACUACAGAACAAUUUUAUAGGUAAUUGGUUUGUCACCAAGGCUGUGGUUACUGUGCCUGCUUACUUCAAUGAUUCACAAAGGACUGCUACAAAGGAUGCUGGAAGAAUAGCUGGUCUUGAAGUUCUUAGAAUCAUCAAUGAACCAACUGCCGCAUCCUUGGCUUAUGGUUUUGAAAGGAAAAACAAUGAAACUAUUUUGGUAUUUGACCUUGGAGGUGGUACUUUUGAUGUCUCAGUGCUCGAGGUUGGUGACGGAGUCUUUGAGGUGCUGUCUACUUCUGGUGACACACACUUGGGUGGUGAUGAUUUUGAUAAGGUUGGACUUGUUCUUCCUUACUUUGUAUUGUUAAUUAUUAUAAGUUGGUUAAUGUGGUGA